CAGCAGUCAAAAAACCCAAAACCAGCUGCUGACGACUUACCCAAGAUCCCAUUCCCAACCAUUAAACCCUCAUUCAUUCUCAUUCUCAUUCUCAAAUCAUUGAGAUCCGUUUGAUCCUCACACCGCCGGAGAUCCACCAGUCACGCUCUGCACCUCCGGUGGCGUCCACGGCCACCUCCGGCACCUUUUCUCCACAAUAUUAUUAUUAUGGAAUCAAUUCUAGCAAGAGCGCUGGAGUACACUCUCAAAUACUGGCUCAAAUCAUUCACCAGAGAUCAGUUUAAACUACAAGGACGCACCGUUCAGCUCUCCAAUUUAGAUAUAAACGGUGAUGCUUUGCACGCGAGUCUCGGAUUGCCGCCUGCGUUGAAUGUGACGACUGCUAAAGUUGGGAAGUUAGAGAUUAUACUUCCGUAUUUUAGCAAUGUGCAAGUCGAGCCGAUUGUUGUGCAAAUUGAUAAGCUUGAUUUGGUGUUGGAGGAAAAUGAUGAUUUGGAUGCGUACGGGAGUGCUGACAGUGCUCAAACGCCAUCAAGUCCCGCAAAAGGCAGUGGGUAUGGGUUUGCUGACAAGAUUGCAGAUGGAAUGACAUUGGAGGUACGGACUGUUAAUCUUUUACUUGAGACUCACGGGGGUGCUAGACGUCGUGGAGGAGCAACUUGGGCAUCACCAAUGGCGUCUAUUACUAUUCGCAAUCUCUUGCUUUAUACCACAAAUGAGAACUGGCAGGUUGUAAACCUUAAGGAAGCGAGGGACUUCUCAAAUGACAAGAAGUUUAUCUACGUGUUUAAAAAACUUGAAUGGGAGCAUCUAUCCAUCGACCUCCUGCCGCACCCCGAUAUGUUUGCAGCAUUUUCCGAAGGUGCAUUUAAGGACGAUGACGGUGCUAAGCGCGUAUUUUUUGGUGGGGAGCGGUUUCUUGAAGGAAUAUCUGGAGAAGCUUACAUUACCAUACAAAGAACAGAGCUUAAUAGUCCCCUGGGUUUGGAACUCCAGUUACAUAUUACCGAAGCAGUGUGCCCAGCUUUGAGUGAACCGGGAUUACGAGCUCUUCUUCGCUUCUUUACGGGACUGUAUGUCUGUCUAAAUAGAGGAGAUGUGAAUCCACAUGCUCAAGAGCGAUCAGCAGAAGCUGCGGGGCGUACACUGGUCUCUAUUAUGGUGGACCAUAUAUUCUUUUGCAUUAAGGAUACUGAUUUCCGGUUAGAACUUUUGAUGCAGUCACUUUUCUUUUCUCGGGCAAGUCUUUCUGAUGGAGAAAUCACCAGAUGCUUAACUCGAGUGAUGAUAGGUGGUCUGUUUUUGCGGGAUACAUUCUCUAGCCCACCAUGUGCGUUAGUGCAACCAUCAAUGCAGGAUGCUGCAGAGGAACCGCUUCACGUUCCAGAUUUUGGCAAGAAUUUUUGUCCACCGAUAUAUCCUUUAGGGGAUCAACAAUGGAGAUUAAAUGAUCAUGCUCCACUCAUAUCUCUCCAUAGUCUUCAGUUUAUUCCUGCACCUACCCCUCCAUCCUUCUCUUCACAAACUGUCAUCGACUGCCAGCCUCUUAUGAUACAUCUUCAAGAAGAAUCAUGUCUAAGAAUAUCAUCCUUACUAGCCGAUGGAAUUUUGGUCAAUCACGGUGACAUUUCACCGGACUUCUCUAUCAGCUCACUCGAAUUCAAAGUCAAAGGAUUAGACAUCACCGUUCCACUCGUAAACGAGAGCUCCUUCACCGGAGCACGGCUUCAUAUUGAGAACCUAUACUUUCAAGACUCGCCGUCCCUACGCCUCAAACUACUCAAUCUUGAUAAAGAUCCGGCGUGUUUCUGUCUAUGGAAAGGCCAGCCCAUUGACUCCAGCCAAAGGAAGUGGACAGCUGGCGCUUCUCUUAUAAACAUGUCUCUAGAAACACAUAAUAACAAUAACUCGAAAAAAGUUAACGGGUCGCGUUCACACUGUUCAGAGUUUUGGAGAUGUGUAGAGAUGAAAGACGUUUGCGUUCAGGUAGCGAUGGUAACGGCAGACGGAAGCCCGUUAACCGAUGUUCCUCCGCCAGGAGGCGUUGUUAGGGUCGGAGUUGCGUGUGAACAAUAUCUUUCCAACACCUCAGUUGAACAGUUAUUCUUUGUGUUGGAUCUUUAUACGUAUUUUGGAACGGUCAGCGAGAAACUGGCCAAGGUGGGAAAAGAUAAACGAAAAAAAUCGGUGAAACGUGAGUUAUCCGAUGGAAGUUUGAUCGAAAAAGUUCCUGGUGAUACUGCUGUUAGCUUAUCGGUUAAGGACCUAAUGUUAACGUUUCUAGAAUCUUCGUCUUUGGAUAUUCAGGGAAUGCCGUUAGUUCAGUUUAUUGGUGAUGAUUUGUUCAUGGAAGUUACUCAUAGGACGUUGGGUGGGGCCAUGGCUAUUUCAUCAACUUUAAGGUGGGACCGGGUCCAGGUGGAUUGUACGGAAACUGAGGAAAAUUCGAUAAAUGCAAAUGGUGUAAUGCCGAAUGACUAUCAUAAACUGAGAGCUGUAUUUUGGGUGCAAAAUGGAAGGGAUUUUCCGUUUUUGGAUUUACGUAUGGUACAUGUUAUUCCGUAUAACGCACGGGAUACGGAGUGUCAUAGUUUAAGUGUGUCGGCGUGUAUAGCAGGUGUACGUCUUGCUGGUGGAAUGAACUAUGCUGAAGCUUUGCUCCACCGGUUCGGAAUUCUAGGUCCGGAUGGUGGGCCAGGGGUUGGGCUUUCUAAGGGUUUGGAGCAUUUAUCAUCUGGCCCGUUUUCAAAGCUUUUUAAAGCAUCACCUCUGCUAGAGAGUAAAAGUGAAAAAAUGGAGGAAGAGAAGCAUAGUGGUUACUUGCAGUUGGGCCCACCGGAUGAUGUGGAUGUAUCGUUAGAACUGAGAGACUGGUUAUUUGCGUUGGAGGGUGCUGAGGUGGCAGAAAAAUGGCGGUUCGACAAUUCCGAAGAUUCUUAUAGAGAAGAGAGGUGCUGGCACACGACUUUUGACAGUUUUCAAGUUAAAGCAAACAGCAGCAAAAAACACUCGGUUAAUAGUAAAAAGAUAUCGCCUGGAGCAUUGAAGUAUCCUGUUGAAUCAGUGACGGUCGGUGUUGAAGGCUUGAAGACAUUGAAACCCCAGAAGCAAAAAGGAAACGCACUCGCAAACGGGCACACACAAGCUGUCGAGUCACAUGGUGGGGUUGAUCUCGAAGCUGACAUAGUGUUAAAUGAAGAUGAUGGUGCCAAUGGGGCGAUCAAAUGGGUAGUGGAAAGCUUAAAGUUUUCCGUGAAACAUCCGGUUGAGGCAAUUGUAACGAAGGAUGAACUGCAACAUGUUGCUCAACUAUGUAAGUCAGAAGUAGAUUCAAUGGGGCGAAUAACUGCGGGUGUUUUGCGCGUGUUAAAGUUAGAAGGAUCGGUUGGUCAGACGGCAAUGGAUCAGCUAAGCAACCUCGGAAGUGAAGGGUUUGACAACAUCUUCUCACACAGAUACAGUAACGGUUCUAGUGUCGGUUUGAUUCCCUCUUCUCUUUUGGCUUCAGAUAACCGACAUGCUUCAUCCCCCGAUCCAACACUAAGUUCACUUGAAGCUGCUUUAUUAGAUUCAAAAUCGAAUUGCGCAGCCCUUGCUGCCGAAUUAAGCAGAACUGAAUCUUCCAAACAACACCUUGAUAGUGUAGAACAACUUGCGCAGAAACUGGAGAGUAUGCAGAAAUUGUUAUCGGAGUUGCAGAGUCGGGUAUAAUUUGUAAUAUUUUUGGCUUUUUUGUUAUGGUCAUACAGUUUGAUGAUAAUAUGGUUCAUAUUUUCUAUGUAUUCUUUAAUGUAUAUAGUGAAUAUAUACACAUAUUUACAAGUGUAAGUGCCAAAGUAGGCAUGUCAGGAAAUUUUGCGAGAACAUUGUUAAAUUGUGUAAAAGUUAUAUUUUCUUGACACUCGGUU